CGUGACAUUCUGCCCUGGCAGCGCGCCGCGAUGGCAUGUACCACGAUGAGGCAUUGGACCCGCCUGCUAACUAUAUUGAGUCUGACGCGCAUCGCCACGGUACAGUAUGCUGUGCCGAUGUUCGCAGCGCCGCCGGUACUGCCGGUGAUGCUGCCGGCGCUGGCGCUGGGCCCGCCUCAGUCGCGCGCCCCGUCCACCACUACGAGCACCACCACUACCACGACUGCGCGCAGCGUGGCCGUAGCCGUGCCUGUGGGCGUGCCGCUGCCUGUGCCUUUCCCGCUGCCCGUGUAUGCGCAGCCCGACUUCUGCCGCGCCGAGCCCCGACCCACCGCAUGCCCUGCGUGCCCGCCCUGCCACUGCACGCCCUCUUGCACGCCCGCCUUCUUCUCGUUCUGCUCCCCUUGUCACCAGCGUUGCAGAUGUCGCAACCCGAACGAAGCGCCGGUCCCGAUGCCGCCGAGCCCCCCCGUCGCCCUGGCCAUGCAUUCGUACCCGGUGCCGCUGCCGGCUCCGGCGCCGGCGCCGCUCGUCGUGGUGCCCAUGCCUCCCUUGCGGGUCGUCAACUCGAAGACUAAACGCAAGCCGCGACGAUACUCGUCAUCGGACACCUCGCGUACCUCCGAAGAGGACUGGAGCGAGUUCAGUUCGGACGACGGCCUCUCGUCCUCCGACUCCGACUAUUUCUAUAAGAAAAUAAGGAGAAAAAAGAAAUCGCACAAAAAACGCAGGCGCUACUCGAGCAGGAGGAACAUCGGGCGAGCCGACGACGGCGAGGUCGUGAAGCCGGUCCUCACGUACGUCUCGCAAAACGGAAACAUCAAGUUUAAAACGAAAAUUAGCAAUGCGCAGGCGGCGCAUCUACUCGGCGCCCGGCGAGCACCCGCACCUAGCGAGCGUCCCCCGGCGGUCGAGACUGUGCAGGUGGUGGCCCACGAAGACCCCCAGCGCCGGCCCCGAGUGGUAGUGGUGUCCAACACGAACCGCGAGCAGCAGCGCGGCGCCGGCACGGGGCCACGACGCAUCGAGCUGCGCGAGGGCGCUCGCUCCCCGCACGAUCUACGACCCGGCAAGAAGGAAAUUGUUUUCCGACCCCCAUACAACAAGAGGAUUAGUAACUUGUCGGUAUCGUUCCAGGUGAGCGAGUAAGUGCAUGUGUCCUCAUCGUCGAUCGCCUGCCGCCUGUCGUCUUGCACCCUCUCUGUAGCCGUAUGGCGAUCGGAGGUGUUUUUAACUUAUUAUUUUUAUAUAUGUUAAAUAAAGUUACACAAAA